AUGAAAACUCUUUCAGCUCGCUCGAUUGCUUCCUCAAUCAAUUCCUCAUUAUCUGGGAGAGAAGGUUCUAGUCAUGAUACCUCCGUUUCAUCUUUUGGAGUGAUAUCUGCAAAGAGGUUUUUGAGUACAGUGGUGCCUUCUGAGAAUGAGCAGCAAGAUGAUGAGCGAAAUAGCGAUUCCGACACCAGCAGUACGAGUAGUGGAAGGAGCACCAACGAUUUUUUGAAUGAGCAAGUGGAUGAUUUUUCGGAUCAGUUGGAACUUUAUCGUGCUCAUUAUGGCGGUGAUUAUGAGGAGGAUGAAGAAAAUAAUGUAUUGGUGGAGCUUCAUUCAAUGAACGGCCGUAAGGAGGAUACAAAACAUAAUUUUGAAAAUCAAGAGAGCAAAGAGCUCAUUAUUCGGCAAAAGGCUCCAGAAAGCGGCCAUAAUGUUCGACAUGGACAACAUGUUGAAAAUGUAAACAUUUAUCAAAACAAAAUAUUAACUUCAACCGUGGAAAACAAUUCCGAGGAUUUGGAAGAACAAAAGCAAAAAGUUGAACGCCUCGUAAGAUCUGCAAUUUUACGAAGUGGAGACCGAAAAAAACAAAUGAAAGACGUUUCAAGCUUUUCUGGGGCUCAACACAAAACUUCUCCUUUCAAAAAUAACCGCAUUAAUUCAAUACCGGGCAACUCACAUUUCUACAUGAACCCUCUCGACAGUUCUCUUUCUGAAGAGGAGAAAGACGAUCUGCAAAUCCUUAUUCCCAAAUUAAAUUUAAGGGAAAGCACAGAAUCAAAGCCUCCCAGCAAUUCCAUGGGCCCCAUUUCUUCAUCUGAAAUCACUUCAGUUUCGCAAGAUGAGUUAUUGAACUCGAUGCUUCAAAAAAAUAAGGAACUCAAAUCUGCUCUCGAUAAAAUAACAGAAGAGAAAAACAAUCUUGAGGAACAAUUUGUUUCUCAAGUCACAGAGAUGGAACGUUAUUUAUCACGGGCAGAAGCACCUUCUCCGGUCAAGAAAUCUUCGGGCAACCGAUCCAUGUCUCGUCAUUUAACCAAAGAAGAACUCUCAUCGAUCAACUCAACCUUAAACAUGAAAAUUCCCAAUGCGGAUCACUCUCCUAUUGUCAAGCUUUCUCAAACCAUUUUAAGUGCUUCCUCCAUACGACCCAUAACAAUAUCCAAGAAAGACACACGACAUUCUCUUCAACAUUCAAACAGUUCAGAGCAAGAACAGGUCAUUAAUGAACUGCGAGACAAGAUAAAGCAAAUCAAAGAACGAUAUGAGAAUGAAAAGAUCACCGAUCAAACGAGGAUUCGUCUUACUCAAGAUAUUUCUAAUUUACUGGAUAGGUUGCUCUCGAAUGACAUGGAUCAACAUGAACCUCUCACGGACAGAACACGAAAAUUGACCAAUUCUCCUCAAGAUUAUUUAAACUCCACAGCCUCUACUCAUUCCUCGCCGAACAAGAUUCAUACCCAAUCAGUAAGCGAGAUCAAAGAGUUGCUACUUCAAAUAGAAAUUCAAAAUUCCAUGAUCGAUUCUUUGAAAGAAGAAAAUUGUCGACUGAAAGAAAAAUUGCAACAGGAACGAACACGAACAAAAACAGCUCAGAAAAAUCUGUCUCAAUCAGAGAAGUAUGUGCAACGGUUGGAAAAACAAUUGAAAAGACGGGAAGUGUCACAUCAAGAAACCAUUUCAGAGCUGAAGAAAGCAAAUGAUCUUCUGUUAAUGGAGAAAGAAGAAUUGCUUCAACAGGUGCGUUUUUUAAGGGAAUCCCUUCAAGAGAAUACUCACUCUGUGUCUUCGAUUAACGUGAGGGGUACGAGUGGAGCUGGAACUCAUCCAUCAUCAACCUCCUCCUCUCACUGUGUCAAGUUAUUGUCUGAUAGCCAAAGCGAAAUAUCAUGCUCAAGAGAUUUCGACGAGCCAGUCAAGGAUCUCACCUCCUCACCGACGUCGAAAAUCAAUCAUUAG